AUGAGUGCCCACCUGGCAAUGCCUCCCUACCAGCCUUACCCAGCCGGGGUAGGAACUGGAAUAAGGUAUGGCGACUACUAUUGGAACUGCCCAGCAGAGAUGGACAAUGUCCCCCACAAAGAGGCAGCAGAUGCUGAUGCCCCGGUCCCAGAGCCAGAGGAGAAGACCCUCCAUAAUCCAGAGCUCUCUCCAGCGUCCUCCAGCUCGGGAACACGCAUGCGGUACACCCCGGACUCAGCCACCAGCCCCAACACGGAGCCCCCAUCCCCGCACCCUGCGAUCCGGAUGGGUGGGGUGGAAAGCGGGGGAGGGCUGAAGAAGGCCAAGAGCCGCACGGCCUUCUCCCAGGAGCAGCUGCAAACCCUGCACCAGCGGUUCCAGAGCCAGAAAUACCUCAGCCCCCAGCAGAUCCGCGAGCUGGGCUCAGCCCUGGGGCUCACUUACAAGCAGGUAAAAACAUGGUUUCAAAACCAGCGGAUGAAGUUUAAACGUUGCCAGAAGGAAACUCAGUGGAUGGAAAAAGGGACAUGCCUAUCCCAAGCAGGUUACCUGGAUUUGAACCCCAGUUAUCACCAAGGUUGUCCAGUUAGUGCCAGCAGGAACAUCCAGACUGUGACCAAUGUGCAUCAGAGCUAUGGUAGCAGCCAGACCUAUGGGAGUGGCCAGAGCCUGUAUCCCUUUGUGGCUAUCGAGGAGGAGGGGUUCUUUGGGAAAGCCGGGGGAGCCUGCAGCGCCCAGCAGGCAAUGGGCUUCUUCAGCCAGCAAAAGAUGAACUUUUAUCAUGGCUUCCCGGCGAACAUGGAUUAUGCCAGCAUGGAGACAGAAGAUGGCUACCACUUCCAGAGCGCCUCAACGUCCUUCCCGGAACCUGAAUAUCUACCAAACAGUGACAAGAGACAGCCUAAUCCUCAGGUGGUGCAAAUCAGCAUAGCUUCAUCGACAUCACCAUUUGCACCAGCUAAGCAUCUGGACCACAACAGGGUCAGUUUCAUUCUAACUGCUCUCCCUCCACAUCUCCCCUGCUCUACUCUGCUGGCAGGCUCCCAGCCCUAGACCGUGGCUAUAGCAUCGCAAGUCAUCAGCGCUGUGAGAGCAACUGAUGUCCUCAGGUAUCCAUCUGAUUCUCUUACAGUAGUAAUAAUAAUAGCUCAUAUAUCUGUACAUGAAGGAUCCCAUAGCACUUCACAAAUUACACAAAAUGGCCCCUAGAAUGAGGCCACUCUGGGGCGGAGGGUGGCAGCCAGGCAAAAAUAG